UUGAGAUAAAAUAAUAAAUUUCCUAUGAUCAAUGAAGUACAUUCCCACCCGUUAUAUUGUUGCUAUUUUAACGGCAGUGGGGUUAGCUAUUGUUUAUGGCUUGAGAGUGAAUAUAAACAUUACAAUGGUAAUGAUGGUAAAUCAUACAAUCGCACAUUCCAACGAUACUGAAGGAAAACACAGCAUUUGUGGUCCUUCCUUAAACGACAGUGAUGAAAUUGAACAGCAUAAUGGCGAGUACGAAUGGUCAAAUGAACUUCAAGGCUACGUUCUUAGCUCAUAUUAUUGGGGAUAUCUAGUAAUGAUGUUCCCUGGUGCGAGAUUGUGCGAAUUGAUGAGCGUUAAAUGGAUGUGGUUUCUUGCGGUAUUUUUAAACGUCGUGGGUUGCCUCUUGUUACCUCUUGGUUCAGAUCUACAUGUUGGAUGUGCGAUCGCAGUGAGAGUGCUUCAAGGAUUAGGUGGCGGAAUAAGUUUUCCAGCUACUUCUUUAUUAUUGGCGUCAUGGGUUCCAUUAUCAGAGAAAAACACCUUUGCCAGUAUAGUAUUCUCGGGGUCUACAUUAGGAACGGUUUUUAGUAUUAUUAUAACAGGAGUAAUUGACAUUUAUUGUGGCUGGAGGGCUGUCUUUUAUAUUAUGGGAGUUGCUUGUAUUCCAUGGUUAUUUUUAUGGUGGAUUUUCGUUGGAAGUACUCCAGAAAGCACAAAAUUUAUUAACCCUGACGAAAUUGAAUAUAUACUGAGUUCACAAGGUCAACAAGUGGGUAAGAAAAAGAAAAUAAAGAUUAUUUGGAAGAAUAUAUUCACAUCAAUGCCCUUUUGGGCGUUAUUGGUAGCGCACACUUGUUUCAAUUGGAAUUUUUAUCUUCUACUGACAGACCUUCCAAUAUACCUACGUAAAGUAUAUGGUGCCACGAUUGAAACUAUUACAAUAUAUUCAUCAAUAGGUUAUUUUUCAAACUGGUUGUUCAGUCUAGCUUUAGGGAGAACACUUGAUUAUUUACGUAAACGAGAAAAAAUAAAUCAAACAUGGGCAAAGAAAAUAGCCAAUUUAUUUUCAACAUUACCAAUUGCGUUAGCCAUGAUCUGUUUAUGCUACAGUGGAUGUAACGAGCCAUUUGGCGCUACCCUCCUUAUAUUGUCUCUUAUGUUUUAUGGAGGAAUGUGGCCAGGAAUCAUGUCUAAUCACGUUGAUAUUGGACCAAGAAUUGCCGCUACAUUAAUGGGUAUGACUAAUACACCGGGUACUAUGUCAGGAAUCGGAGUGCCGAUAUUCGUUGGUUUUAUUUUGGGUGAUGGAACCGACAUGCAAUCAUGGAGGAUUAUAUUUUGGGUCGCAGUGGGUUUUUUUGCGAUAGAAAUCUUUUUUUACACCUUCUGGGGUUCUGGCGAAGUUCAAAAUUACUAUGAAGAACAUGAUGCUGAAUAAAUAACUUUAUAAGUAAAA